ACAAUCUAUACAAGGGUAACACCGUCUCAUUACACAGUCCUUAGCUUUGAAACGAACACACUCAUCUUCUAGAAGUUGCAUUGUGAAGAUUCAAAUAUAGUUUACAAUGAAUUUUCAUAAGUCUAUGUGGUUUGUCAAAACAUUUGUAGUGCUCAUUAUUAGUGAGGCAGUGCAUAGUUUUCGUUGUGACAGAAGGCCUUAUGGCUCCACCAUGCAAGCCACUCCCCCAGAUGGGCGGUUUGAACUGACUGUAGUGGGUAUCAAAGACUCUUACAUUCCUGAACAACUAUAUAGAGUGAAGCUAUCAGAGACGGAUGGUGAAUCGCGGUUCACCCUCUUCGUGAUAUCUGCUGAAGGAGAUUUAAAGCCCGAUGAAAGGAACCCCCGUCGACUCAUAUCCCAAGAUCCGGGAGAGCUGAGGCCUCAGGAUCCUCUGGAGGCUAAGUUUAGUGAUCGCUGUCCUUAUUCCGUGGAACAAGCAAACAGCGGAUUCAAGGAAGCUGUAGAGGUGUACUGGCAAGCUCCACCAUCAAACAGUGGAUGUGUGACGCUACGAGCCAUGGUGGCGGAGAAUGAGAAUGUCUGGUACGAGGACGGCGGCCCUCUGACUGCGAGGAUCUGCGAGGAUGUCCAGCAGCCUGAUGACGUCACGCCACAACUCAACUAUGAGUGCUCUGUCUGUGAUGAGGCCAAAUAUGAGGUAUCAUUCACAGGAAUAUGGUCUCGGAACACCCACCCUCCGCAGUUCCCUGAGAACGACUGGGUCCCUCGCUACAGUGACCUGGUGGGAGCGUCCCACUCGGCCGACUUCGUGCUGUGGGCUCCCGGCACCCUCGCCACCCCCGGGAUGAGGGACCUCGCCGAGCACGCUAAUACGACCCAACUUGAAGCCGAGAUUAGGGAAAAGAUUGGAGACGGCGUAAGAACAGUAAUAAAAGGGAAGGGCCAUAGCUACCGUAAAAUGAAAAGCACAACAUACUCUUUCUUCCGAGCUGAUAAAGUGAACCAUCUGAUCACCACCGCUGUGUCUAUCUACCCGUCCCCCGACUGGUUCCUGGGUGUCACCAGGUUUGAGCUCUGUCAGCAGGACAACACUUGGAUUCAAAAACGAGAACUGAACUUGUACCCCUGGGAUGCAGGGACAGACAGUGGAGUUUCCUAUGAAUCAGCAAACAUUGCAACAUUCCCACAAGACGCAGUCAGCAGAGUCCAAAUGAGUUCUUACGACAAAAACUCUCCGUUCUAUGAAAUAGACAUGAAGGACCUCCAACCAUUCGGCAAACUUGAGAUCAAACUUAUCAGAACCUACCACAAGGAAUGCGCUGAAGGCGAAGCUGAUGGGGGUGAAGGCGUUGGUAAAGAGGAAGACAAGGGUGAGGAGCAGCCGAGCGGGCCCGAGCCAGAAGAGCCCUCCAGGUAUCACAAUCCCGACGACAGCGGGCGCGAAGCUCCUAUUGAACAAGACCCAGAAGCGGACGAGGAGUGCCCGAUCUCUCAGUGGCAGGAGUGGAGCGCGUGCGAGGGGCGCUGCGUGCGCGGGCGCGUGCGCGGGUACCGCUGGCGGGAGCGCUACCACCUGGUUGAUGGGGUGCCCGUCGAAAAGUUUGACCCCGAGGUAAAAUGGGCUUCUAAGAAAGAGGUGCCGGAAGCUUGUAAGGAGGCCUACGAGGUUUUUGAAAGAGAAGAGUGCGAAGAUGAUUGCUCUGAAAAGAAAGACAUUUUAGCAUCGCGUCGGUUACCAAUAAUACCCGGAAAUCCCUGGAACUCCAAGAAACGAGAUUCCCCAAUCGGAGAUCAAAUUUAAUAUCGAUUACAACUUAGUAUUCAUAGAUCCUAAUUCAUUUAUCAUCACCGAAAUAUUG